ACAUACAGACACACUCUCUCUCAGAGAGGGAGAGCUCCUUCCGGGAUAUACAUGACCCACAAUUUACAGCAGAACGUGAUCAAAUCAAACAAGAGACAAGCCGAUAGUUUAUCUGGUGAUUUUUAUUUCUUUGUUGGUGAUUGAAAGUGGGGUGGGGGGAUUGGCUGUGACCUUUGACCCGCCUGAGGACUGCAAUCAGCAGCGGCAUGGCUGGUCUGGGAUCUCUGAACGCUGGUGAGUUGAUGUCUGUGGCACACAGCCUUUCCCAGCCAGCAGAUUCCUAUGUAAAUGAUCCAAACCUUGAAAUGAUGUGGGCUAUGAAAGCGUAUCAACACGCUGAGAUUUAUUUCAACCUCAUCUGUUCAGUUGACCCAAAAUUUCUUAAACUGACCAGAGAAGAUGAUCAAAUUUACACUGAGUUCAGGAAGCAGUUCAGGGACAUGAAAAUCGACAUACUGGAUCCAGAAAAGUUAAAGUCAGAAGCGGCCAAACUUCAAUGGCGCCCAUUCUGUCUGCAGUUCGAAACACUGAUUGAAGACUUUAACUAUGGCACACUGCUGCGGCUGGACUGCUCGAAAGAUUACGUGGAGGAAAACACAAUAUUUGCUACCAGGAUCCAAUUCUUUGCCAUAGAAAUAGCCCGGAAUCGGGAGGGCUAUAACACCGUGGUGUAUGAAAGAUCAACAAAAGCGAAGGCUGUUAAUGUUGAUGACAAGAUCACUGAAGUCUCCACUAAGCUUGAGGAACCACUGGACCAGCCAGCAAUGCCAGCAAACACUGCACAUUCAUAGCAGAUUGGAGGAACGCAAGGGAAUAGCUGCAUCUUAUUCUGUUGCUUGUCAGGAACUGGGACUGCUCCAGCUCUCAGAAUUUAAUCCAGAGCUCUGUGUUUGAAAGUUUCAGUUCAAAACCAGACACAAGUGCUCUCAGUCCAGUUGGAGGCAACUGGAGAACUCAGUCUCUUCUUUAAAACAAUUCUGGGUUACGUUACCAAGUUACUCAACAGGUACUGGAAAGACAACGUCAUCAACUUUGAACUCCUAUCUAAUGUCACACAUGUAAAGGCAUCCUGUGGAAUGCAAGAGGCAGAUGAACACAAAUUGGGCCACACCACACAGCUAUUAAUAUCAUUUCACAUUUUAGAAAAGCAAGGACAGAGAAAGAUGGGCUGGGAGGGGAGAGGAGAAAGGGCAGGGAGACCCAGAGAGAGGGGGUAGGUGGGGAAACAAGUAAUGUGAGGGGAGGGGAUAAACAGGCAAUUGGAGUACAGGAUUGCUUUGUAUUUACAGAACUGUGUUUUGGCAGUGCUUUCCAUGCAAUCCAAAGAUCUCCUAAAAUGUGAAUACCCAAGGAAAGGCAAGCCUGGGGAGCAAGGAGGAAAAGCUAAGAGAAGGUUUAAGAACAGGGGGUUGGGAGUGGGUAAUGGCAGAGGGAUCUUGCCCAAUCCUUUAGACAUUAGCUUUUCUUCUGCAUACUUGAACCACGGGAGACUCCUUUCUGUACAAACCAUUGACAGUUUAUUCGCAGUCACAAUGCUUACACUAGAUGCAGCAAACAUUCUUACAUACCAACCUACCUGAUCACGCAGUGAUUCAGAAAUGUUUAGUCAGAACAUUCAGUGGAAAGGAACAAUAAAAAUAUAUAAUCCA